ACACUGCUGAACAUUGUUUAUAAGGAGGGACUGGCCGACUAGAAUACUGAAAGUAGCCCUUACUCUAAUCUCUAAUCUUUUACACCAAGAAUUUUUCUUGCUCUUAUAUAUCAGGAAUUUAUCUCAACAAAUGAGGUAUUAUUGUAGAUGUUCCUUUUUGUUCACUCUUGACUCUUUUCAAGCCUGAAAGAUAUGAGGCUGGAGUGAUUAAUCUAUAUUUAGCCAACUGAUGUCAUCUGGAUGCCAGGCUCUGUAGAGUGGUUGAGCCCCCAGUUUUACUCUCUACCAGUAACACAGCAGGGAAAGACUGUCUAGGAUAAGGGAGGUCAUUCAGAUUCAUAGGACUCUCUCGGGCAAUUCAUCAAAAGACUCUUGCUUUGCCUUCUGAAAACCUCGGCUAAGGGAGGUCACCAUACUGGAACCUGUUAGAAGUGUCGGUGACGAUCACAUGCUCAGUGUGCUCUGGGUCAUAGCAAAUUAUCAAGCAGAAAAUGAGGGACAAACAGCCAAAUCAGAGAACAAUGUUGUCACAAAGUGCCCUCAACAAGGAGAGGAGAGAGCAAGCAUCUGCCAUUUUAAAGGAAAUCCAUGGAAAUGGUGGAAAUGAGUCAGAUGGAUUGGACUUUGGGAAAAAGAUCAGCGUCCCACGAGACAUUAUGCUUGAGGAGUUAUCCCACGUCAAUAACCGUGGAGCAAGACUUUUUAAGAUGCGUCAGAGAAGAUCAGACAAGUAUACAUAUGAAAACUUUCCAUAUGCAAUGAAGCCACAGGCAGCUCAGCAAAAUCAAGUUAAUCAAAAUGGAAACACAGAAGGAAACACAGAAGGAAAUACAUUGGACGCCAACCAACAAAUCUCUCCACAGACACCUCCUAACACACCAGAUCCUCGAAGUCCUCCCAACCCUGAAAACAUUGCACCAGGAUACACAGGCCCGCUCAAAGAAAUACCCCCAGAGAAGUUCAAUGAAACCGCUGUUCCUAAGUAUUAUAUGUCUCCAUGGCUAGAAGCCAUAGGCAGUGAACCAGAACUCCUUGAGGCCCUGUAUCCCAAAUUGCCUGUGCCUGGUCAAAAGGCAGAGAUUCCUGACUACAAGAGCUUCAACAGAGCUGCCAUUCCUUUUGGGGGAUUUGACAAUGCAUCAAAGCUAACCACUUUCAAGCUCCCUGAGUUUGAUCUAUCGCCAAUGAUUGAUCCUGCUGUCGAUAUGUCACCAAACCCUCUAAAAUUAAGACGGUCUUUUAACAGAAUGGCUCAGGGAUGGACAUCUGAAAAUAUCCCCGUCUUUUAUUCUUCUGACCCUAUCCUCAAUGCUGAAAUUCCAGAAUCUGAUGAUCUGUAAAUGGCUAAGAAUUUUGUCAUACAGUCUUUACAGCAUCAAAUGAAACAGCUUGCUUGGCAUGUUGUAACUAGCUAGAACAGAAUGUACAAUGUCUAAUGUAUCUAUGUUUGCACUUGUAUCUGUAUGUUUAGGUCUAUUACAAAUAAACAAAUACAAUCCUAAUUUACAUAAAGCAAUGUGUCACAUGUAUAAUGGCACCUGCAAUGCAUGACAGCAAUUUUAAACAACCAAUAAAAAUCGAAAACAA